GUGAUUGAGGAUCAAAUUUAUCGCGCGGAAAAUGGGCCUUUAAUACACGUAUUUUUUUGUUGUUUGAAAGGCGAGGGGUUCUAUUAACAGGUAAAUUUAGUGAUUCAUGAGUGUGUUCUUUGUUUUCCUUAACAGUUGACUUUAAAUGAAAAAGUUCUAGCACGCAUAAUUGAAAAUUACAAUUCAUGAGCACGAGGCCCGUGACAGAGCGAUGUUAUCAAUCGAAUCACUGCAAGACAAAUUCCAGCGAUGAUUUCCAUUAGAACAGAAAAUGACGACAAGAAGCCUGGUUUAGAUGUAAUUAUUAUGGCUCAAUAUUAUCUUUGGUUUGAAUUUUAUUUUCCUUUAGUUUUGGCUGUCUAAUGUAUGAUAAUAAUUUGGAACAAGGGGAACCAGAUAUAAACCAGGCAUAAGUUGAUCGACAACUUCAGCAUAUUACUCGUUUUGAAGCACAACAUGUACAGGUCUUGAGUCCCUGAUUCAGAUCCAGGUAUAAAAAUUAAUUACUACUAGUGAGUACUAUGAGAAAAAUUCUGCCUUGUUUUUAUAGAAAGAUGUAGGGGAAGGCAUUUUGCAAACUGAUGGUGUUUUAGUGAAAAUGCCACCAAAGAAGAAACCACUGGAAGAUGCGAGGAAACGACUUCAGGAGAAGCUAAGUAAUGUUCAGGAGCAGUCUGACUUCAUUUGUCAGUUUAUCAAUGAUCUGGCCAACAAGGUACACAGUAAAAAUUAAAAACGUAUUCUAAAUUAAAAAGAGAACUAUUAAAUCUUGUAUUUCAACAGUUUAGUGUCAUCAUUGUUAUUGUUACAGUCAAACCCUGUUAAUAUGGACACUAAAGGGCCAUAGAAAGUGUCCAUAUAUGUGGGGUGUUCAUAUUAACCCUUUAAGCCCUAAGAGCGAUCAGCAUCAAAUUUCUCCUGGUAAUAUCAAUGCUUUGUAAGACAGAGUGGUGAUGAGAAUCACGGACAUGGUCACACAAGAUGAUUUUGCUUGAUAUUAUGUCAACUUCUCCCCACUACUUCUGUAGGAAAUGAAUAGGGGCAACAAAUGAGAAUUCAAAUUUUGGUCUUAGUGUUUAAAGGGUUAAGUGGGUUGAAUUUAGAGAAAAUGCAAGGGCUUUUCUCCCCAAGGACAAAGAAAACUGUUCGAGUAUUGAGGUGUCUGUAUUAAGGUGGGUUUGACUUUAUUGUUAUUGUUCAUUUUUUUGUUAAGUUGUCUUGUUUUCCUUUCAACCAAAGGCAUCUAGUCCAGCCAAGGAACUUCUUAAAGAGAAAGAUCGCAAGAGGUUUUUCCAAAAGUAUUCUUCAGUCAGUCAGGAAUUGGAAAAAUGUCUGGAUUGUCUGUUAUUGAUCAGUGAUUCUGUCACAGCUUUUGAAGAGGAAGACAUCUUGGGUAAUGGAUAAUUAUUAUAUAUUUAUUUUUUGUUUAUAGGAGUUUUAAACUGCACGUGCAGGGCUGAGGAAGGGCAAUAGGGACCGGAGGGUAAGGAAGCAGAGCUCAGGGAAUGCAGGGUUGAAGUAGGCUGCAAGGGACUGGAGGGUAGGGAUGCUGGGCUGAGGGUGGGCAUGAGUGACCGGACAGCAGGGAUGUAUACCUGAAGAAAGGCAUGAAGGACUGGAGGUUAGGGAUGCUGGGAUUGUGGAGAGGGCAUGAGGGGCCGGAAGGUAGGGAUGCUGGGCUGAAGGAUAGCAUGUGAGACUGAAGGGUAGGGAUGUUGGGCUGAGAUAGGUCACGAGGGACCAGACAACAGGGAUGUAUGGCUGAAGAAAGGCAUGAAGGACUGGAGGUUUGGGAUGCUGGGGUUGUGGAGGGCAUGAGGGGCUGGAGGGUAGAGAUGCCGGGCUGAAGGAUAGCAUGUGAGACUGGAGGGUAGGGAUGCUGGGCUGAGAUAGGUCAUGAGGGACCAGAGGGUAGGGAUGCCAUUGGACUAAGGGAGGGUAUGAGGGACCAGAUAGCCUGCAAGUAAGCUGUCCAUUUAGGAAUAUCAUGAAAAGUCACACGCAAGUAGCAUGUGAACACAGAUGCAAAAGCAAGUGGUGGGAAAAGAGAGGGAGAGCUUGCAAUGACAAUCUGCCACUGAACUUUGAUCCGCAAAGAUUUGCUCACUGAAGCAGUGAUCGCAACGAUCGCUAGCAAGCAAGGCUGUACGUAGUUUGCCCCUGCGAACUCCAAAGGGGCGCCCCCACGGAUCAUGUGCAAACUGGGCGAGACCGCUGGCAGCAUUAGCUCGAGAUUAACCUUGCCUAAAUUACAUUUAGCCACAUGAAAAAAAGUAAAGUUUACUUUUGUUAUGGAAGGUACUGGUGAGGACAUUGGUAGUUCAGCAUCUGAAUCAAGUGAUCAUCCUGAUCAUGAGCCCGCUGCAUCAAAGGACAGCAGCCUUGAAGCAAAAUCAGUUCAGGCAUCUGAUGAUACAAGCAAAGACAAACAAACUGUUCCAGGUAAGCAAAAAUAAUUUCUUAAUCAGUCUAUGUAUAUGUUUGUGUACUGUAUUUGUGGCCUUGCAUUUGUGAAUGGGUAGUCAUUGAAGAUAACAUCAUUACAUUUAAAAUUGCCAUUUAAAGACAUAAUUGAAAGAUUAAGCCUGGGACUUAAUUAAGAAACAGUCCAAUUCGUGGGCGGAGUGGAGCUUGAAAGUCAAUACUUACACAUGAACUCCAGCCCAACAUGCAAAUGCUCAACCUGUUAAGCCCCAGUACUACAGUCACACAAAUCUUCCAGACUGAGCUCCAUGCAUUUCCUUAAAGAACUAGUUGAGAGAACUAGUUGGUGAUCAUUUUAUUAAUUCCCACAGUCAUUUCUUGUGAUAAUUCCUUGUUUGCCCCUCCCAAAUUUUGCUUAACUAAAAACAAUGGUUAUACAAUUUUGGGGUGAUGCAGGGAGGGGGGGGGGAGGUUGGGGGGGGUAAACAAGCUGUAUUAUGGGAGAUGUGUAAAUGGCUAAUUAGUGCAUGUGUUGAUAUUGUGGAGAGAUGAUUGGUGUCGGUCACUUUUGGGGCUUUUAAAAAGGGUUUAUACCACUCAUGUAUGCUGCCUACUUAGUACAAGUUAUGCAUAUUUUAUGUUUUAUUCUUAAAUGCCAGUACACUUUGAUUAUUUGAUUUUGAAGAAGUGCCUGCAGUCUAACUAGCUCUGUAAAUUCAUUGAAUAAUACGUGUAAAGUUGCAUCUGGAAGUGUACCCAAAACAGAAAAGGAAAAACAGACAGCUAAGUUAAAGGAAAGUGAGCAUGAAAAAGAAGAGAGUAUCUUGAAAAGAGUGCAUCAGCAGCAACGGGAUAAAGAUGGUGAGUUGUGUAAGUAGAGAUGGAUUGAAAUCAGCCGUCAUUUAAGUCAGCACGGCUACACUUUAUGUCCUAUCUUUAAAGGGGCUAUGGUUGUCAUAUUAUUUUCUAACUUUCUAAAAAGCUAAAACUGUUUUUGCAUCAAUUGGAUUAUUCCAAAAAUUGUGGUCCAGAUAGUUAUGUUAUUCAAGACUAUAUUUAGUCAUUGAAACUGUUUCUUGUCAUCUGUUGCAACGGAUGGCAGGGAUGGACAUGGAUGAAAGCUUAAAAAAAUUUGAGCCAGCGUUUUCAAGUUUUAAUGCUACAAUGUAUGCCUGCAAAAAAUAUCAAAAAUAUUAUUAUGGUCAGUGCUUCCUGAAGAAAUUUGUUUAAUAAUCUUCUUCAUAGCUCUACAGGAGCAUUUUGUGUAUGGUUAAAGGGAGAAUUAUUAUGAUGUCAGCACAAAAUUGACCUAAAACAGUAAAUUAUCUUUGUGACAUAGACCUUUCAAGCAGGGCUGUCAGUAACGUUUCAAGUUGCUGGAUAUUUAUUAUCAAUUUGCUGGGUAAUUGUGCAGCUAUAGGACAUUUCUUUUUUACUUUUGUUUCCAAAUGAAUGAAAGUACAUGUAGCUAGAGAUCAUGCUUAUGGCAGCCAUGGGAAAUCCCUGAUCCCCACCCGUAAAGUCAGCUCUGCUUGAAGUGGUACGUUACAUGUACAUAAGACAGGUAUCAUCACAACCUUGUGGCACCAACAGCAAUCAGACUCCCUGUGUUUUUAUUACCUAUACAUGAAGAUGGUAAUAAGCAUUUCACAGAAAUGCUUGAAUGGAAAAUCCCCUAUACUCUAAAACUUACUCAUUUUUCACGUGAUUGUAUGAUGAUCUUUUAGGUCAUGAGGAGUUGAGGAGGAAUGCUAAAGAGGGUGUCACAGUACCUGACAAGUUGCAGCCUUCAGUUUCACAGAGUUCUUUGCCCAUCUCCGACGCAACUGAACCUGAACAAAAAUAUGCGAUUGCGACCCAAGCAACUCAGCCCAGCCUGGUUUCCAACCCGCAAAAGAGCCAGUCAGAACAGACUCAAUUGGGUGGAGCAGGGCUUAAUGAUCUCAGCAAACCAUCUCAACAAUCUCCCUCAUUGUCCAUCACAAGUGAAGCUUCAAAGAGUGGAGAAGGCCUCAAUUUAAUAUCUUUGCUUGUGGAUGCUGAGUCGGCAAAAGCCCAAAGUACCCAAACCUUUAGUGAGGAUGCUUUAGCUUCCAGGUCGCACAAGAACUCUAAGAGAAGGGGCUCUUGCUCUUCAACAAGCACUCUGUCUGAUAUUAUUCAGGAUAUCAAGAUUUCUCCACGAGAAGCUAUGGUGGCAGCUGGUGGUAUGUCAACAGAGGGUAAGUGUAAAGUGUAAGUCAUAAAUCCUCUAUGAUUUGAGAACUGUAAUUAAGUUUUUGAGGCUACUGAUUACUAACUUGUAGUUUCAUUUUGUCAUAGUACAACUAGCAUCAUACCCAUUCAAGAAUGGUCAGCAGCUUAACGUUAUUGUCACUGAAGUGCUUAGUCCAUGGGAAUUCUGGAUCCAACCAGUAGGAACUCAGUUAGAUAUGCUUAUGGAGGAAAUGUGGUAAGUUCAGAGGCCUGAUUAGGGAGGAUUUCCACUGUUGCAUAAUAUUUUUACGUGCUUACGCACUAAAUCGAGGCAAUGUAUGAAGUAAAAGUUGAACAAGGCUCAAAUUUUGGCUUUGUGUGCCACCUUUCAUACAUGUACAUUGCCUCUAUUUUAUUUAUACAGGUAAAUUUUACUCUCACAGGCACACAAAAAUUACGCGACAAUGGAAAUCCACCCUUACUGGUGAUAUCUAUAGUAGGAGAUUAUAACAAUGUUACUAUGUGCUAAGGAAAGGGUAGGGAGUAGUACUUAAUUUUUAGUUGUUUGACUGUUUGAUACAACUGUACCUUUUUGCUACAGAAUCCCAAUUGCACCUUUUCUUCCAUUUCCUUCCAUUCCUUUCUUGUCUGUCCCUUUCUUUCUUCUCUUCCCAUCUAUUUCCUUCCAUCCGUUUUCCUUCCCCUACACAUUCCAUCCCUUACACUCCUUACAUUAAACCCCCUCCCUUCUCUUCCAUUAAUUUCCUUGCAUCCCUUUACCAUGUUUCUUUCCAUCUGUCCUAUCCACUCCCUUCUAUUCUUAUCCAUUUCCUUGCAUCCCUUUUCCCUGUUCCUAACCUUUCUACGCAAAUUCCAUACUUUGAUGCCUUUCUUCUCUCUUCCUUUCCCUCUCUCUUCCUUUCCCUUCCAACCCUUUACUUUUUUUCCUUUCCCUACAUAUUCCACCCCUUUGGACCUUGACUCCUUUUCCUUCGCUUCUCUUUGUUUCCUUCCAUCCACCACAUUCACCUCCUUCUCUUCUGCUCCAUUUCUUUCUAUUCCUUUACCCUUUACCUUUCCAAGUCUAUUACAUGCAUCCCCUUCACUCCCUUCCCUUUUCUUCCAUUCCCUCAUUCCUCUACUGUUUCUUCCCUCCUUAUGCCUCCCGUCUCUCUUCCAUUUUUAAGAUCUCUUCUCUUCCACAUCCCCUUUCCUUUCUUUUACCAAUUUCCUCCUCUUUAAUCAUUUUAGAGUUUUGAUUUAUCAUUGCAGUAUGCACUAUGCUAAACUGGCAGCUGCUGGUUACAAGGGAGGCCUUAGCCUGCCACCUUCCGUCGGAGACUUCUGCUGUGCUAAGUUUACUCAGGAUGAUACUUGGUACAGGGUCUUAGUAACAGCCAUAGAGGAAUCUGACAAAGGUUUGAACAUUCUUUCAGGCUAGGAACAACUUCUAAAAACAAUUAAACACAUGAGGAUGGUGUAGAAACCCUAUUAACUGUCAUAUAUACAUUUACUAAAAUGUACAAUGUACAUGUAUUGGUCACUGGAUAUUCUGUAGAUAACUGUACAAUAUUGGUCUGUCAUGGCGGCCACAUUGAUAUUCCCAAACAAUGAAACAGCUGUCCUGUUAGUGUACCAAGCCAAGCCUGUGGGACAUGAAGUCUUUUCGUUUGUAAACGCUCUCUUUUGUCUAAAAAAAGUUGAGUACAACCUGUAGGUGCUGGCCAUGCAAGUGAAAAAGCUCUGUAUUACACGAAACACUUCUCGGAAAAAAUCCAAGCACCAGAUGGGAUUUGAACCCACGACCCUCCGUGAUCUAGUCGGAUGCUCUAACCUUUGAGCUACUGGAGGUCGAUGGCGAGCAAGGGUGAAAGGAGGGCCUUUGACUGGAACUGCAUCACGUAGUUACAUAGUCAAACCAGGACAAGCAAAUAUAAUAAAAAGGGAAUUAAUUUUUUUGACUGGAAAGAACGUUAAAUAGCCUCAGCCCUUCAGGUGAUAUUAAAUCCAGUCAUAUACAGAGAAUGAUACUGAAGUUUUAAAUCAUCAGGUCCUAUAGUUGCAGUGCUCUCUGUAGACGAUGGAAAUCGUGAAAAGCUUGAUCUUUCCCGCCUUCGACCGCUUGAAGAGAAAUUUGCCAAGCUGCCUUGUCAAGCAUUGUGCUGCGCGCUGUCAGGCGUUAGACCUGUAAACCCAUCACAACCAAAUGCACCAGGUACAUAUACGUGUAUAAGAUUGAUUUAAAGUGAUACUCAUCAUUUUCAUAGACUACAGCUUUACUUAGCAGGCGGAGAAGUAUGGAGGCCCUCACCUUGGCUUGCGAGCAGAGCCUCUGCCUGAAUCGCGGCAAUCCUUUGAAGUCGCCGCAGCCAAUCUCGACUCGUCAAUUUUGUUUUCUCUCGUCAAACUGGUUUUUUCGAGUGCGAGCAUCCGUUUACUGAUAAGCCGAUGGUCAUAAACCAAGCCCGCUGUAGCAAGGGCACGGCUAUUGGGCCAUAAAAUAUGCGUUUUAACUCUGGCGUGAAUAUUUAACUGCUGCAAAUAACCCGCAUAACCCCGCUGAGCGUUCGCCUUAGUAAAGGUAAUUACAUGUAGGGUACUGCACUGUGCAAAGGCAAAAUCUUUUUACUUCGGUUGGAUUUGAACCCACGACCUCCGGAUAUAUUUACCGUUGCUCUACUGAGUAAGCUAUGAGGCCUGACGAGGCAAGUCGUGGGUAAUUAACGUGGUGAAUCGCCAUAGGGAAAGAAAGUGAUGGGUACAUACGAAGUGAUGCUGUGCCGCGUAGCACUAUGAGGAAAAUGAUGGAACAGAGAAUUAAUUCUAGAACGAAAAUUUUGCAAGAGAUAGUUAAGCAGACGAAACACGAUAUUACGUUCCCACCUCUCCCUGUGCACCGCAUCUCUGCCCAUUUUUUUCUCCUUACGUUGUCAUUGCUCUAGAAUGUAAACCUUAUGAAAAUACAGGGAAUAUUGACCAAAGAGAUCAUUGGUUUUUCUUUAAUUUACAAAUUCAAGUUGGGGCUACUUAAAUUAGGGGAUUUAAUAUAUUUAGACAAUGCGAAGGGCUCUUUGUGUGCAUGAUUACUAUUCAUAUAGUCUUCCAAGUACUUUCAAUAAUUUCGUUAAAAGCAUUAAUAAAGUACAUCAAUAUGCAACCAGGCUGGCCUCUAAGAAGUCUUAUUAUUUACCGAAGGUUAGGGCGAAUUAUGGAAAGUUUAAUAUCCGUUUUAGUGGGGCUAAACUGUGGAAUGCUAUUAAAGAAGAUCUAAAAUCAGUGAGUCGUUUUCGCUUUAAAAAGCUUUUAAAAGAAUCUGUCAUCUCCAAGUAUUGAUUGGUGUACUUUAUAUGCAGGUAAUUGUGUGCACAGCCGUUGUUUUCGUCUUGCUUCUUUGUUUAUUUGUUUGUGUAUUUGUUUAUUUAUUACAGCUUAUAUAUUUCUUCUUUGUGUGUCUUUGUGUGCAUUUGUUUAUUUAUAACAACUUCGAUAUUUAGUUACUUUUUCCGCAUGGCCCAGCCACUCAGUGCGAUUAGCUCUUGCUAUUUCUGAGUGGCUGUGCUCUCUUUUUUUUCACAAUUAUUUCGUUAUAAUGUCUUAACACUUUUUGUAUCAAGAGCACGGUAAAGAUUGUUGUUGUUGUUGUCAAGUUGGGAUUCUUUCCGAAUUUCAGGUUUCAAAUCAUCAAUUUGGAGCGAAGAAUCUAUUGCUUGGUUGAAAAGUAGAGUUUCCGGAGUGAAAUUAUCAGCAUUCCCGACCAGAGUGAAAGUUGGCAAGCUCGUAAUCGUCGAUCUGUUUGUGUCGCCUCCAAAAAAUAGGAACGCUAGGAGCUUUGUUUCGUCUCAGAGCGAAUCUGAAGGCCUCCCUCAACUGCAGUACAGCAUUGCAGAAAUGAUGAUACAUAUUGGCUUGGCUCAAAGAAUCGCACCGUCAGUUUCUGAUAAGGAUAGCAGCAGUCGAUCCGCCAGUUCAAGUCCGUUAUCUGCGGCAAGUUGCGAUUCUUUACCUCGCAGCGUAAGCAGUGUUAGUAUUGAAAGCAGUGUUCAUGAUGGUGCUGUGGCUAUUGGCCAGAAUUGCGACGCUCCAAAUGAAAAAUGUGAGAAGAAAUGGACAGACGAGAGUGCGAAUACGGACACGUCAACUUGUUCUACUUCGUCCAAAGACACAGUUUUGCACAGAGCUGUUCAUGUUGCGAAGAAAGUAGCGGAUGAUAGCUUAGAGGUUCAAGAUAAAUCUAUGGAAGACAAAGGAAAUUCUAAAGAUGAUUACAUAAAAAAGGAAAGCCCAUUGGAACAAGGAACUGAUGAUUGUUCAGGCUCUGAACCUAAUUUGGAAGGAGAAAAUCACGAGAAGUCCAUUGAUGACAAUGACAUCGUGCGGAACGGUAAGAUACUUGCUAUCGUUAUUCGUUAACAAAAACCACCAGCGGAAAAACGAAACUAUAGUUGUCGAUAUUUCAAAUCAUGAAAAGGUCUAAAGAAAGAGAAGUACAGAGAAACUUGUGAGAAAUCGAUAAAAAACGAUGACAUUGCGCAGAAACGCAAGAAGUUAUAAACCUUUAAUACUUAUCUUGUGCUAAUUUUUAAGCCUACACCUGGAAAACGAAAUGGUCACUGCUGAGAUUUUUCAUAUUCGUAUGAUUUUGUCUUUUUGAAUAGCGAUUUUGAAAUAGAAAGUGUUCCGUAAAGGACUUUUUUGUUACUGCACUUGUUGCUCGUAUAGAUGGUGCUUAAGUAUUCUAUCCUUGUUUAGGUGAGCCGAUUUUCUUCGAGGGCUAAGAAAAGUAUACGUCCGUUGUAACCACUUUUUAUAGGCCUUUUCUUCUCUGUCGCUUAGACGUCACAGUGCUCCCAGAGCUCCUGCCUGCAUCGGGUCCUGAAGAGUCGUUCAUCACAGAGCUCCCACCCAUGGAUGGCCCAGUGUGCCUUCAGAUGCUUAUGUCCCAUGUGGUGAGCCCCAGCGAGUUCUAUGUACAUCUUGUCACGCCAGAUGCGGGACUCCUUGAUGUUAUGAUGGAUGAACUUAACAAGUUCUAUGACGGUAAGUUGGUAGUUACAUGUAACUAUUUUUCACAGGAAAUGUUGAAGUAGCACUUCUGGAGGUCAUCCACAGACUCAAAAGUAAGAACCACUUUGUACAGCGUAAUAACCCAAAAACAUAGGAAAGUACUGCCCAGUAGCUUUCACCGAAACGGUUUGAAUUGUAACACUUAAGUUUUUUUUCACCAAUCACAGACUCAAAAGUCAGAACCAUCUUGCACAGCAUAAUAAACAGUAUAACAGGAAAGUACUGCUCAAUGGCUUUCAUUUGAAUGCUCACACUUUAGGAUUUUAUCCACGGACUCAAAAGUCAGAACCACUAUGUACAGCAUAGUAAACAGAACCACAGGAUUUUAUUCAAUGGCAAAACUUAGAAUCCCCUCGUACAGCGUAGUUAACAGUACCACAGGAAAGUACUGCUCAGUAGCUUUUGUGUGAUUGGUCACAUUUCGAAAUUUAGAUUGACAGUUGCCACUUUCCUGUCACAACAGGGGACCCGUUUCCAGACAGCUGCGCGCCAAGGAAUGGUUACCAGCCCAAGGUAGGCGAAUACUGCUGUGCGCGGUUCAGCGAGGACGGGAGAUGGUACCGUGGCCUGGUAACAAGUUCACGUCAUACAGUAGACGAGAAGAAAGGACCAGUGUCUGCUCUUUGGGAUGUACGAGUGUUUCACGUUGACUUUGGGAGUUCCGAGUGGGUCUCUGUCAAAGAUGUCAAGCCGCUUGUGACCAAAUUUCUGUCGCAGCCUAGACAAGUUGUGAAAUGUCGGCUUGCAAAUCUCAAACCUGAACGUCUUGAAGGUCAGUCGUGAUAGUUUCUUGCAGUACUUUUCUCUUGUUUGGGAAAGAUGUUAAUACAAACUGCCAUGUUUUUAACGGGUUGUUGAAUUAACCAAUCGAAGCUCACGACAGAGCUCUACAAGCGGGAAAAAUGUAUUCAAUGUUUAUCGCGGGAAAAAAUGCAACCUGUUCGAAGCGCGUGAAAUUAUUAUGCUUUACUUAUCACAUGCGUGAUUAAACCGUCGAAGUCAAAUCACGGUUGAUGAAUUGUUUACAAAUCUCUAAGUUUGUUCUGAGGAUGCAUGACUUGAGCUAUUCCAUUUAACUCAUUAUAGAUUGCUUUAAAAACUUUUAAGUUUUCUUUUGCUCAUAACUACUAUAAUGAACAAAUUUCUGUGCAACAUUGUCACUUCAUUGCUAUAAAUUGCUCGAAGACUGUUCAAACACUACUUACAAUUUUGGCCUUUAAACUGCUAAAUUUUCGUUUAAACUUUAAAGAUACAGCCUUAGACCGUUCAUCGUGAACGUAGGGUUCUUGCUUGAUUUUCAAGGACUAAAUGCAGUGAUAGCCACAGAUUAACAAUGUUGUCUUCUUUAUCAUGCCACUGGCCCAGAAUUUGCCGCAAACGUUGCCGACAAAGUUAUUGACGAUCUGCAGUGAGCGUGCCAGAUUUUCCGGACAAGCGACCUCAUUUUCACGCUCUAUGGACAACAAACAUAGUUUUCUGAAAAAUUCGGGUUUUGGUUGAGAAGUAAGAGUUUUCUCUUGCAAAAAUGAGGUCAAUGAAGGCGGGGAGGGGCGUACCGAAGUACUAAUGAGGGAUAACCCUCCCCUGAGUUCCGGACCUCGAUAUAUGUUAAGGUCAAACUACAUAUAUAUAAUGAUCGCACUGAGCACAGCUGCCCAUGUGGGAAGAAAUGUGUAACCCUUUCUUGAGCGCAUGCGCAGUUUGUUAAGUUGUCGACUGGGAGCUUGAAUGAACUUGCUAGAGUUAGGAGACUUGAUUUGCGUGUAACUUUUCGUAAGUUUUGAAUGGCUUGAAUUUCCUCUUACUGCAUUUUAUUUUAGAACGUGUCUCUUUUAAAAGCCGGUGAACGAUUCAGUCCCCUCUAAUUUUCUUCCCAUUCGAUUUUCUACUAAAGUUCACCGGUGCAGACACCAUAAGAAAUGGUAAAGGCAUUUUGGUUUGGUCGUAAUUUUAAAUCCAAUUCAUCGUGUACAUCUUUUGCGGCAUUGCUAUUUGUAUUGAUUCCUAGUGUUCAAUCGAUACCACGAUUUUUUCUCGAAACAACGUAACCGAAUUCAUGGGCACAUUGUAUUUUAUUCAACCAUGAAAAGGUGUCGAAUGUACUCCUGAUGUAUCUGAUGCGACAGUCUACAUCUUUCAAAGCCGAUAAAGCGAACGGAGAAAAGUUAACAUUUUAUUCCUCCCGCUAACUUUUUUAGUCUUCACUUUUACUGUAAAAAAUAAUAGGCCAGUAUAUAAGAGCGCUUUUCUGUUGGCAAAUAGACUUAAAGGCCAAGUAAACAAAGCAGUCUUUCUUCGUAACUUGUCGCGCAACCGUGUGAAAGUGAAAAACUGCAUUCCGAUUUUGGUAGCGUAUUAAUAUACGCGGACUGAAAAAGAAGGCGUCGCUUCUAGUCUUUCUACAACAUAUGGAAGUUUGUUGCGAACGUAGAUUAUCAGAUAUAAGAUGGCUUUAGUCGGUAGUUUUUAUUGCGAAAGUAACACAGUUGGCGUUCAUGACAACGGCUGAACUACAAAAAUGAAAAGAUAUGAUUCCGUCAAUGGACUAAGAAAUGCGGGGAAAAAGAGUAAGGCCACUUUGAAGUUGUCAUUAGGGCUGCCGGUAAAAUAGCGCGGCUUUCUCUCUCUCUGUGAUUCAGGAGAAGAGAGAUGUUCGUAGUUAAGAAUCGCUAAAGCUUUUUAAUGUUAGUAUAGUACAGCACUAGAUCGCAAUGUGAAGCACUACGUUCUAACUGAUAUAUUCCCAAGGAUAACACCUCUGGAAAAACUUUGAGUAGUAAGCACAUAAAAAAGCGAGAAUGUUUUCAGCAAGAGAAGAAUCCUAUCCUCUUUGACGAAGAAAUACAAUAAAUAAUUGAAAAAUGGGUGAAACAGGUAGCGUGAUUCUAUGUGUCUGGCGGAGAAGAUAAUUGUCAUAUUGUCAUAAGAAACGAAAUAUGUAAAAUAAUCUGAAUCUUCUGAAAAAGGGAAAAACCCCUAUUCUACAAUCGGUAAUGACGUCAUUUAUGCACAGCAUACAUUUAUAAUGAGUCAGGUGGUCCGGCAAUUGGUGUCAGGUGGUCCGUUCAAUUAGUUUUCUUUUUCUCUCGUAAGAUAUUAGUUCUUUUUAAAGAAAACCUCGGACGCGUGCUUUUUUCAAAACUGUCCAUUUCUGAGGCCAGAGUGGCUCGACUGUGAAACUGAUUUUUUUUUCUCCUAAACAUUAUAAUAUGUAGGCAAAAGAGAUAGUGAGCUGUGUUUAAAAAACAAAAAUCUCGGAUUAAUGUAAAACUUUGACGCAGGGGUUAUGUAAAGUUGAGAUUUUACACAUGCUUCUCCAGUUUUGAAUGUAGAUAAUGAUUGAAAAUAAGCAAAAUUUUAAAUUUUGACAAGUUAACAGUCGCCGUGCCAGUAGUCCAAAAACAAAAUGAAAUCUUGGGAGACAUCGGCCUGAAGCGAGCGGAUUUGAGCUGUUUGCACCCAGAACCAACAGCUAAAUAUCUCCUGUCUAAACAUGAAGCAAGGCUGAUAAACUUUUUAGUUGAACAUUGGUGAGUUAAGGCCAAAACCACGGUUUUGGAAGCCAUUUUGUCGGGUAGGAAACCGCGUGAGAAGUAACAGUGUUUGUACGAGAAUCUAAUGUCGAAUAAUUUUCGCAAAGCGGCUGUUCUGAAGAAAGUAGCAGUUGUAAACUUAAGCUACAUAGCAAAGGGUUCUACUGACAAAUUCUAGGGGCCGUACCUGUGCUAAAAUUUCUCCAGUAGCUUGCUUUAGUUUUUGCAUAAAUCUGUCCGUACUUUUUCCAAGGAAAUUUAGUCGGCAGGUCAAAAAAAUUACAGACAAGUGUAUAGAAAAUUUUAAAAAGUGUUUCUAGCGCAGGUAAAGCCCUCAACUGCCUAAUAUGGCUUCUAAAACAGUGUAAAGGUCUAUUCUUCAAGCUAGGGAUCUAGACAUUUGGCUCCAACCUUUUAAAUUAUGUUAUGUUAAUUUGAAGUUGUUUGUAAUCACGCAAGAAACAGCGAUGUAAAGUGAUUCCAACUCAUAACAUUAUAUCAUACAGAGCAAAUUUGGCGGCGGUUUUUCAAGUGAACCUUAGGAAAACUAUUUUAAAACUUAGUUUGCGAUUGGAGAGAAGGAGCCAGAAGCGGCAAUUUCCAUAAAGGAGAUCGUUUAAUCAAUUUAUUUACAGGACAAAUCUCUAGUCCUAAGGCUUCGCCCAGGGUUCGCAAAUACGCCAAAUUUGGCGUAUUUUACGCCAAAAUUGUUCAGAUGACUCCACAGAGGUUACGGAGGGAGUCACUUUGACUUCAGAAAUUUUCGGUUACAAACAGGGAGCCACUUCGACUCCAGAAAUUUUCGGUAACACACACAGUUUUGUCCCUACCUUUUUCGCAACAAAUGCAAUUUACGUUAAUUGUAAACGUUGCAAACCUUAAUUAAAUCAUCAAAAUUAAAGAAUGAUACUGCACGACAAAACAGGAAGAGGGUAAAUUACGAUCAAAGUUUACUCGAUGACCGCCAUCAUGGAUUUGAGCUUUCUAGGUCAGUGGACCCCCACAGCUACACCGUUAAUCCAUCACGAUAGUUAUUCAUGCCAGGACCACGUGCUGUAAAGUCUGAAAAGGGCUUUUUUCGUUGUGAUACUUGACUCCAAAUUUUCCAAAAUGACUCCAAAAUUUGUGAAGCGGAAGUCACAGUGACUGCACUCAUCAAUAAAAUUUGCAAUCCCUGUUCGCUUUUGCUAAAGAAGAGGACUUUCAUAGAUGAAAUGAAGCACUAAACCUGCAAAAUCACACAGGCAAGUUACCUGUGGAGUUUAACCAAAAAUAUAUAAAUAAAGUUAUAAAAGAACACAACCGUUGAAUUUCUGAUGUCGGUAUAUUCAAUAACAGACAAACUGGUGGCCGCAGUGAGCAGGUAAAAUUCGCACGAGAGCUGGUUGUUUUAGUAUUCUCACUUUUAACCGUAAAAUAGAAUUUUUUUUUAGUUAUUAAAAGCAAAAGAUGAGGUCAAUGAGCGGGGAGGGGGGAGAUCAACUGAUUUGUAAGUAGUAGAUAACCCUCCCCAAGUCCGGACCUCGAUAGAGUACAUGUUUAUCCUAACUAUAUAUAUUGCUCGCAGUUAGACGGGUUUUCCAUGUGGUAUAGGUUUCCGAACCAUUGACUUCUUCGCUCGCGCGCGCAUGUGCGUUCACUGUAGUGGUGUUAAGUUUGUUUUACUUCUGUCGUUAAUGAUUGGAAGUAAACAGAUUCAAAGGUUUUUUUAUUAUUAUUAUUAUUACGGCAAUAUGGACACACAUGGAGUUACCGAAAAUAUGUUGAAUGUAUGUUGGAUGAGUAAUAUAAAAGCAACAAUUAUGAAAUAAGCCACGGGGCGAGUAUCGUUGAUGCUUGUGUGUUUUGGCGAGUAGAAUUUGUCGUGUCAUCAGUCAGGCGGCUGAACAGACGUUUUUCAUUUUAAUGCAGCUUGUCAUGCAUUUUUUUUUUAGUAAUCUCUCAUAAGCGACCGUGUCUCGUCAACAGAACGCCGGUAAAUGGUGCAACCUAAUGUGCGAUGUAUAGUAAUUAGUUGAUAUCACGCAGUCCUGAAAAUUUUGGGUAAAUACAGUACAACCUUGUCAACUCCAAAUCGGACAACUCGAAAACCCCGCUGACUCGAACUAUAUUUCAUUUCCCUUGAUCAAAACUUCACUGAAAUUUACCCCGAUAACUCGAAUUCCCCGCUAACUCGAACUGUUCUUCGUUUUCCUUGAGAGUUCGAGUUCCUGAGUUUCUACUGUACAUAUACGGAACAUACUACAAUUGUAAUUAUCCAUAUGGUUUUUCUCUUUGUAUCACACUUCAGUUGCCUUUUUUAAUUCAAAAAGCGAAAAGCCUGCUGACAAAAGCGACAGUUCAAUCAGCGGGAAAGGCGACUGGAUAUUACUACGUUAAAUACAAUAAUCUUAAGUUUAUAUCAAAGAAAAUAUAAAAGAAAAAUAAUAAUAAAAAAAUAUAACAGAAAGUAGGUAGCUACAAUGUAGUAAUCAGUACAGAAUUGUUAUUGCAAACUUUAUGUAAAUUUAUCACGAAUUGCUCUUAAGAAAGGGAAAAACCCCCACUCGACAUUCAAAGUGACGUCAUCUAUUUUUGGAUGCAUUUUGGAUGCAUCGAAUAACGGCGUCGCUAACAUGUACAUAAUUCAAGGUGGCCUUUGCGUUUAAGUCGUCCCAACUUUCUCUAAAAUGUUUUUAGCCUGUAAGGUGUUAUAGUUUAGGAGAGGGAUAAAAAGCUUUUCCUUGCUAUUUUUUUUUUCUUUGCUCUAACGUGGGCAAAAUGCGAUGUUUAUAUGUUUAUAUGUUUAUAUAUUUAAGCGGAAAGGCUAUUUUUCUGUCACGCUCCGCAGUAGUUUUGGCUAUAGCUUAUGCAGGCUUUUUCGUUUUGUUGGCUAGUUUUUUUUUUCGUUUAGAGAUAUAUCCUUUUCAAAAUCUCAGCCCCGGGCUUAUUCUUAAAAUAUUCUAAACGUUUUCGCAGAUUUCAAGCUCGAUAGUCUAAUAAAAUAAUAUACACCUUGAUGAAGGCCAGUAUAAUCGGUCGAAAUUUAGGUGACUUGAAAAUCACACUCUUUAUUUGUGCUGAGUAAAUUUUUACUAUGAAAACGUCUAUUUAUUAUGAAUGCCUAUGAUAGACUACUUAUUAAAAAACGAAGAAUGUGUUCUCUUUACUGCUUUGAGGCUAAGGACGAAAUCCUUCGAAAUCAUUCAAACAGAACGCUUUAGCAGUACUUUUACAUUGUAUGUUAUCUUUUUCUGUACAACAAAAUCGUUCUUUUCGUUACUGUUAAUUUCGGGGUCUUAGAAGGGUCACUCGUUCAUAUCUUUUGCCAGUCAGAGAAACCGCGUGGUAAUAUUUUCUUCUUCUUCUUUUUCUUUUUUAAAUUAUCACCCUGUAAAAGCGAUUUUACCGUAGGCUUAAGAAAUCAUAUCGAUGUUAUCGAUAUCUUGAAUUGAAGGAUUUAUGAAAUUUCUGUUUCUCCACACAGAUUACUCUCAAACUACAGAACAAAAUCCUUCUCCACAAACAAAUUCUGAGGUGAAAGUUGUUUCCAGUGCCGAGGAGAAGGGACAACUGUCGCAAGAAGAGAAGCCAUCCUCAUUCCCCGAGCCGUCGUCGAAGACAGAGCCUUCACCCUCGUCAAAGUCUCGCAAAAGAGAUCGCCGAAAAAGAAAACGGCCUCCGAAGAUCAAUUUGAAAGAUCAAAUUAUAAGAGCCGCUGGUGACGAGUCGUACGACAGUAGUGAGUUGAGCGAGUUGGAGUUCUUUAAGAGCAGAGAGGAAGAGCGAAGAGGAGUAAAGCCAAAAGAAAGAAAUGUUUCCUCUGAUAAAAGUGAUAAAUCAGCUUUCCCGGUAGGUAGCUUUUUAUUGAACACUGCAUUAACGUAGAUAACGAAAUAAUGGUUAACGUCCGAGCCUUAGAUGGCGCGUUUGGCUUCCAUUCGGUCCAGGAUUCCAAACUUGGCCAAAACAUACUGCUAAUCUAGAUCACCUUUUCCACUCUACUAAAAAAAAUUAAGGGGAAAUGGUGUGCUUUGGCCUUCGCGUGGCUUCAUCUUUGAUUUCAGGAGGAAGCGAGGGUGGGAGGCUAUUCCAUUAUAGUAAAAUCCAACUAGUGGUCUAUUAUCAAUGCUGCAUUCUGAUUGUUUGAGCUACCACUAGGCUAUAUGUUAUAGCCCCUAGUAGCGAAAACCGGGCGCUUUUUGGCGGCAAAAAAGGCUUAAAGUCUAGGUUUUAACUGGCUAAAUUUUUUUUUAUUCUCUAUAUUUUUGACCAACUAGUUGGAUUUUACUAAAACAAUUAUUCCUCUCGCCCUCGUGGCCUCUGAGUCUAGCCUAUUCGGCCUUCAGCCUCAUGGGCUAUUGACUCAGAACCCAUUCGGGCUCGAGGAAUAAUUGUUAAUUAUUCUGUUUAACAUUGUAGGUGUAUGAUGGAUUGCGAGCAGUCUCUUCAGUAUUUUCUUCAAAGUCACUCCCUUUUUGGCUAAAAGCGUGUUUAGUGCCUACGCGCUUACUCCGCCUGAGGACUCGACGGAUCUAAGAGAAAAAGCGGACUGCAAGCAGUCUAGGUGUAUAAAUGAUUACAUUAUUACUACUGUUCCACGCGGUCUCAAUUGACCCAGCUGUUUCAGUGGGUACAUCGUCCCGCUGAAAUUUUCGUGAACCAUAAACUUUGCGUGAUAUGUGGUCCCUUCACCCUGUUGCAUGAAUGGGUCGUGGCGAUACUGCUAGUUAUAGCGUCCACACGUCCCCCCACCCCCCGGAAAAAAUAGACUAGCAUCUCAUCCGGGGGAGAGAGAGUAAUUAUAUUCCUCCUCUGGGCGGGUGGGUGGAGGCUGCGAAUCGUCAUACUUUGGGUUACUUAAUUGUACAAUUUUAAGUGCUUCUACGUCCAUUUUACUUCACCAUAUAUGUUUCUUUGUUACAGGAAAAAUAUUUACUGCCUAGCCCGGAUGUAAGUCCGGACAAAUCCUUUCCACUUCCUGUUUCUACUCAAGCCCCUGCUGUUGACGACGAUCAAUGGGCCAGCGGUGCGGCGGAGCUGUUAAGUGGUCUGACUGACGAGAACCGGAAGUUAGUUGGCUACAUGGUUCCCUGGGAUCCCUGGGUAUACCAGCAGCUGUUUAACCCUUCCGCUGGAGGAGCGAUGGUAAGGAACUUCCUCGCGCUGUAAAAUAAUCGAAAAUUUGAUUUUGUCUUAUACUGGAAAACAUUUUACCAUGUAAAAAUACUGCUAAAGAGGUUUCAUAUGAAUGGUCAGAUCAUAGAACUUCGUCUACAGACUUUGAAGUUAGAAUGAUGUUGCUCAUAUUUCAAGGGUAUGAGCGGUGAUCUUUUUGUCGGUCCCUAGGGCCUGUCUCUCAAAAAAGAAACCCCGCUUUACGAACACCCGCUUGAUACAGACACGCCAUUAUUACGGACUUGCUUUGUCCGUCGGGAAAGAAAGCCCUUAUAUUUUCUUUGAAUUUAACCCGCCGCUUGAUACGGAUGCCCCGUUAUUACGGACAAUUUUUAUGGCCCUCUCAGUAUCCGUAUUAACGGGGUUUCACUGUGAAAUAGUACCAAACAGGUUUAAGAGGCGGUCCGUGUAAGAACCGACCACUCGAAUUUCCGCGGAAAACAGAAUUCCUUCAUUUUUUUUCUGCAACAUAAUUAGCCCAUUCCAUUAACAAAUAUCGAAUUUGUUUGGCUCAUAGUGCUUUUUAAAAAAAAUUUGGGCGGCGAUUUGCCUGGACGGUCCAAAGCUGUCAUGAUCGUCUUUUUGAAGGUCAAAUUUAAGCGUGUUGUUCAAAGCUCGCAAAAAUUUCGCAUUUAUCCAAAUAGCAUAAAACAAAAGUGUGAUUUUAAUUCAUGCUUCCUUUAUUCAAAAAGGCAAAAUAUUUAAAUUCUGACUUAAAAAAACGAGUUAUGAUGUUUUGAAAAUAUCACGUAAAGCGUCCUUGAAAAAAAAUGCGCGGUUAUCCUAGUUUUAAAAUAAGCUUUUUUCAAAAGUCUGACGUUAUCUGGAGUCUUGGUCACCCUCCUGUUCAGUAAUAGGGCUAGUGUAUCGAAAUCAAGAAAAACAUUUUUGGGCACUGUUGAUUCCGAAGCACAAGAGUUCGAUAAAGUUGGGUAAUAUUUUACUGUAAUUGUGCGUAUGACGUAAUUUACGCAUUUUGGUGAUUCCGAACUUUCCCACUGAAAAUCAAACCGAGAGAGCAAAUGUAUUUAAAAGUGGCCUUUAUUGUUCGAGAUAAACUGUGAACAGCUAACAACUUACCAAAUGCUACACGAAACUAGGAAUUGCGAAGUUUAAUAGUCGAAAUUAUCGAUUCCGGGGUAAGUUGUCAGUCGUCUAAGUUUACUUCUAAAAGCCGUUUACAAAAUUUCAUUCAAUUAAAUUGGUCGUAGGUUUUCCUGAUCAACAAAAAAAGAAAAAGCUUUUCAUUCAGGUUAAGCAUAUAAUUACUUGACGAAAGUGAGUCCUGUUUAAAAGAAUUACACAUUUUAUUAAAAACACCCAGUACAUUACAGCCGAAAUUCAAAUCAUCUGAACAGUGUUAAUUUCCCGUCACGCUGGCUACGCGUGAAUGUCAGUCUUUUAGCUUGUCACGCGUAUGUACCUUUUUAGUACGGUUGACAAAAAAACAUGUUCUUUUCUAAUUCGACUUUUCAAAAAGUAUAAAGGUCUUAAAACGUCUUUUCAAGUUUUCGAAAAAUAACUGCCUCCACGAUCUUUUUGAACUCGAGGUCGAAAAACCCUGUUGGUUACUAUAUUAAAUAGCGGUUUGUGCCUUAAUGCGGCUGGUUACAGUUACAGCCUUCAAGAAAUUCGGAUAGGUUCGCUACAAGAAUUUUUUUUUCUAUCGCGAGAACUAAAAGGAAUUUCAAAAAGUAUAAAGGUCUUAAAACGUCUUUUCAAGUGUUUGAAAAAUAACUGCCUCCACGAUCUUCUUGAACUCGAGGUUGAAAAACCUGUUGGUUACUAUAAUAGCGGUUUGUGCCUUAACGUGGCUGGUUACAGUCACAGCCUUCAAGAAAUUCCGAUAGGUUCCUACAAGAAUUUUUUUUUUCUAUCGCGAGAACUAAAAGGAAUUUCAAAGUAUUUCAACAUGUCCUUGAGCAUAGCAACGCUAAAUCUUUCAAGUUUCUUCUCGUGUGAAAGGUCACAUAAACAAUAUGAAUCAUAGCAGAUCGGAUGCUUAGGACCAAGGUGGGUGGCUACCUCUUCCAGGGUGGCUCGUCUUUCCUGCUCUUCCUGUUCCGCCUCUACGUCUUCAUUGAGCGCUUCCCGAUGUGCUUUGCUUCUUCGCGAGGCCGCUAGCCUCGAAAAAAAUCCCUGUACUUGACCCUUUGUGAGCCAAUGUUUCCUCUCAAACAUCCGAGAACUGUCUGGGUUUCUUGCAGUUCGCACAUCUGCUGCCACUUUUGCGGGAUCUGACUUGAUGCCAGUUCUUUCUUCAAGAUCAAAUUUCGUUGUUAGGUUCUGUUUAACCUCGGUAGGAAAACGCACAGCUUCGUUUCGGGGCUUGUGUAGAACCCAUCCAGUCUGCAAGUCACUGCACUCGGGAAAGCGGCCAGUUUUAUUCUUUUCGUGAUGCUCCUCUACAACUGCUUCAGGCACGCUUCUGAUUUCUUCGUCCUUAUCAACAGUACGAAAUUUCUCCGCCCAGUCUCUUCUGAGCUUGUCAUACACCGUAUCAGAGUUUCCGCGAACUUGGCUGUGCUCUCCAACAUCAAGGUGAUUUUCGAGUUCACUGAAUUUCUUGAAAACCAUGUUGCACCCGGGCUCAGAACAAGAGAAAAGACCGUUGCAUUGUUCAUUUUCACUGUUUGUCUCUCUCUUAUACACUCGAGCUUCUUUGAGAGGAAAGAAGUUUUCAUGCACAAUGAGACCAGUAGGACCUUGAGGUUCAGUUAUGACCUCUCGGUAAGGAAUAAACUUGCCUAGUCCAACACCAUAAGCUUUCCAUGCUCUAAUUCCUUUCACUUCAAACUUGAAAUUGUGAUACUUGCUGAAACCUUCUAUCUUAUGUAGUUCGAGUGUCUUUUGAGUCUCAUUCAUUGCGCACACGGAGGCAGUUGUACCUUGAACAGGACGUUCUGAAAGCGCUACACGCAUGUCUUUCGCAGAAACGACAUCGUGUCCUUCAUUGCAAUAUCGUCGGAUGGAUGAUUUCAUUGGACAAAGGAUUCUAUCACAGAUAUCUUUUCCAUACUGCGGCUCGGAAAAGUCAUACAGUGCUACUUCAAUGCCUACUCGUCUUCCGGCAUCUCUAACGGCGGCUAAGAGAAAGUUAUUGUGGUAACAGCCUGCUUCGUCACUCCUUAGGUUCACUUGGGUAAUCUGGGGAUGUUCUUUCUUUACAACCUCAAGUGUGUUUUCGAUGAUCGAGCAUACUGCGUACCAGUCUUGCUGGCAAGAGUCGAAGAUAUGAGCAUAAGAUUGCAGCUCAAUUUUUCCAGAGUCAACAUUCUUAGUUAUAAAGGUGGAAAUAUGCCAGCUGAGCCCCCGUUUGCCGAACCAUUCAGACUGUUUCUCACGAAAUUUUAUUUGGAGGAACUUCAUGGCCCAGUCCAUGAUCAGAAUGGCUGACUGUGGGUCUUCUGAUUUCAGUGCAUCUUGUUUCGCCUCCUCCUGAUUUAUUGAGCGUACAAUGUGCGCUUUCCACAGCAAGAUGUCUGACUGUGCACGGUCAAAGUCGUAAAGGACAUCUUCUCGUUGUUCGCAACUGUAAGGCUUCCAUGACGACCCUUCAAUCGCUAGUCUCACUUCCUUUAGAACAUCCUUCAGCCCUUGGCAUUGCUCGCAAGUCGAUUGAUGCUGAUGCGGACAAGGAUGCUGGAGCUCGGGAUCAACAGGAUCACUAAGCGCAAACUUUCUACAGUGGUCAGCACAAGUAGAGUAAUGCUGUUGACAGUGUACACGGUAGUCAGUUUUGAGAUAGCGUUUAGCAUCGCGUAGGUUUUGGCAAAUACGUAAACACCACUGUUUCUCCAUUCCUCCCUUCUCAAGAGUUUCAACCAGCGUCUCAAUAGUCUGAAAGCCCGCAGCACCAUCUGCAGCCGUAUUGUCCAAUCCCUGGAGCGAUUUACGCUGAGACGCUUCUCGAACCUCCAAUAUUUUAAACAGAGAAGACCUACUAAGUGGCUCGUGACAUUGCUCUUUGCAAUACUCCAAGUAUUGCUCAAUCAUUGUAGACCUGGUCAGGAUCCUUACAACGUUAGGCAUCUCAAUUCUGUCACCAUUAUCUAGGGUGAGUACCUUGUUACCAUAUGAAACAUCCUGAUAAAAGUACGGUCUAUUAAUGAACUCUACAAAGUGGUCGACCUUCCCCAUAUCAAGGCGUACGCGAUGCUUCGUCUUGAUUUCAGGCAUGGUCCCAGGACCGUGCAUUUUAGCAUGAGAACGUGCUUGCUUUAUUUCCCAUGUAGAGAGACUUCCGUAAGGUUGGUGAAUUUUCUUCAGUUUGGUCAUAGGGUAUCUUUGAGCGUAAAGGCUCAGAAUCUGUUUCUUUAAAUUCCUGGUCUUUGCGUUCUUAUAAGCAGUCAUGAGUACCACAAGAUCAUCGGGGACUGCGCCAUCAAAUAAUUCUCUUUGUACAGACAUCAUUGACUCGAAGAGCUCCUCUCCGUUACCUGGGGCAAUUACAUUACAUACGUGCAAGCAGUCCUCUUUAGCCUUUUUUACAAAUUUCAGCUGUUCCCCAUCGCUUAAGUUUUGGAAUGGAGUUUUAAGCUGAUAUUUAAGAGGUUCGCGUUCUACUUGUUCUUGUGUAGUAAGACUCGCAAUUGUAUCCAUCGCCUCGUUAUACCUGCCGACUGCAUCGGUUACCACGGGUGAAGUUAAAGAGGCCUCCUCUGACCCUGGAGUCCAGCAUGGUGUUAUCGGAUUCCAGGAAGCUGGCGUUGAUUGGUCUUCAAGAAAUGGAGUGGAAGUGACCAUGCGACCGAUGGCUCCCACAGCAGCCUCUUUAGCAGGUCUGCGGAGAAUAAAAAUGGAAAGGUUGCUACUUAGUUGCCUUGCGAUAGGAUAACCUGACAGGACAACCGUGUGUGUGUUUUUUAUAAAACAACAACCAAACGACUACCCUCCCGACAGUACCUUUGAAGGAGCACAUCUCCCUCAGUUUCCUCAGGGUAUAGCCAGUCUGAUUUCCGAUCUACUUCUUCACUGUGUUUCUUUCUGCACGUUGUGCAAAUAGCUAUAGUAACAAAAAGAAACAAAAAAAGUUUUCCAACCUGGAAAGACUUGUUAAAAAAAUACUGAAUUUACUACUAAGUUGAUAAUAGAAGCUAUAUGUUUAUAUCCCAUCUUGGAAAUUAUGUUAUAUAGGCUAUAAAUUAGCGACCGAAUUUAUGGAUGAUGCACAGCAAAGAACUAUUGCUGUAAUGAACUACAAAAACCAAAUUAUGAUCAUUUGAUAUGUUAUUUUUUUGGAAAUGAUUUUCUGGCUCCAAAAUACUAUCAAAUACGGAUCGAUCGUUUAUCGUUCAGAAAAUAUAUAGAAUGGGACUUCCCUCAAUCUACAGCUCGCUUUUAAGUAAUUACGAACGAAAGUAUUUAGUUGAAAUGUUAAGGAAGACAAAACCCUUUAAUUCUGAUAUGUUAAUUAUAAAAUGAAAGCAUAAAACAGUUAUAGUUGCUAGUCUGAUAGUACUUACGCGAGCCAACGGGAACGGCUUCUUCAAAGAUAUUUUUAUUUCCCUUGCAGUCUUGAAAUUAAUAACAUGUGUUCCGGCUAUUGCCAUUUUCUUCCCGUGAUGUUUUGGAUACUGGCAGGUCUUUGGAGCUUGCCAGUAUUUUCCCAAAGUGUAACGAUGGACUGGACAAACCGUCAUAUUCUUGAUCUGAUCAUCAGUGAGUUCUAACAGACCUACCCUUGCCAGUAUCAGAUCCAUUUCACAAACAUUUUCCCUUGACAGGUGGUGAUUCAUUAGGUGUGAACUAAUGUCAGCGUUGCAACUAUUCAAGCACACAAAAUCGACACAUCCUCGAUUACUUCCGCAUUUUCCGCCUGUUAAUGCGGAAAAAGAACAAAAUGCAGCCAUUCUAUCUGCGAAGGUUAUCUCGGCGCACUGUAAAUACGCUCUACGUUUUGUGUUGCAAAUUUGCAUACGAUAUUAAAUUAAGUGAACGACGCCAGAAAAAUUAACUUAAAUUGAAUUAAAAACUUGAAGAAAUUUUUAGUAAACCAGCAAAACAUUUUUAUUCUUAAAAGUAGCCAGUUUUUUUGUACCUUGUUUAUUGUACCUCGUUAAGCCUGAUAAGUAGUUUCAGCUUCGAUAAAAUAACAUCCAACAUGUUUUGCACUGCAAAGUGAAAUCUGAAAUUGACAUCCUCAGACACAAUAUAAAUGAUGUCGUCUGCACGCAACAACUUGUGGCUAGAAAAUUUGGUACAUUUUGGUAAACUAUUUCUUUGCUGGAUCGUGUCAUAACUUUUGAGGUGGUAAUUACACGGUAAAUCUAUUCACAGUGUGUUUUAAAUUUUUUUACCGUUCUAGCUCCUUUAUUUCAACGAAAUUUCUUAACUGUUUAGCCACCACUUGACAUAGCAACAUUCACCGGAGCUGCUACGUUUUUUUGGAACAUCCCAAUUUUAAUUUAGGACAAUAUGUAGUGGAUUUUAAGAUAUUCACUGUUUGUCCCCAGCAUUAAGUUAGUUUUGAAAAUAGUUGCUCCCUGACAGUAAUGAUUUUUAGUUUUAUAGUAGGAAAGUUCGGAAUCAAGAAAAUGCGUAAAUUACGUCAUACGCACAAUUACAGUAGAUUGUUACCCAACUUUAUCGAACUCUUGUGCUUCGGAAUCAACAGUGCCCAAAAAUGUUUUUCUUGAUUUCGAUACACGAGCCCUAUUACUGAACAGGGAUAGUGACCAAGACUCCAGAGAACGUCAGACUUUUAAAAAGAGCUCAUUUCAAAACUAGGAUAACCGCGCAUUUUUUUCAAGGACGCUUUACGUGGUAUUUUCAAAACAUCAUAAUUCCUUUUUUGGGGGGUCAGAAUUUAAAUAUUUUACCUUGUUUGAAUAAAGGAAGCAUGAAUCAAAAUCAUACUUUUGUUUUAUGCUAUUUGGAUAAAUGCGAAAUUUUUGCGAGCCUUGAACAAAACGCUUAAAUUUGACCUUAAAAAAGACGAUCAUGACAGCCUUGGACCGUCCAGGCGAAUCGCCCCUCAAUUUUUUUUUAAAAAAGCACUAUGAGCCAAACAAAUUCGAUAUUUGUUAAUGGAAUGGGCUAAUUAUGUCGCAGAAAAAAAAUGAAGGAAUUCUGUUUCCCACGGAAAUUCGAGUGGUCGGUUCUUACACGGACCGCCUCUUAAUCAGUAUAAAUGGUCACAUCAUUAGCGUGAUAUUUCAAGGGUAUUACAGGGUUUUCCACAGUUUUUUAAAGUAGCAGACAUAUAUUUGAAACGCCGAAGGUGCGAGCUACCUAGGGGGCGGGGGGUCUGGAGGACACGCUCGCCCAGGAAAUAUUUGAAAUAAAACACUCAGAAACGCUGGUUCCAGCGUUUCCCAGGCAAGUCUGGAGUUCGCUUAAAUUUUUGUUUUUAAGGGAAAUUUUUAAUGAAAUUGGACAGUUGGACAGGGGAAAUUGUACUGGGGAUCCAGAGUGGGGAAUGGCAGUAAGUCCUUGAGUUGGUUAAGUGAUAAUUAAAAAAAAUACCCCCCCACCCCUCAAAUAUUGGCAUCAAAGUACUGGACAUAGAAUGGCAAGCGACCGGACGAACCGUCCGGCCUCUGGCUUCAAACGAAAACCUUGGGUAUAAGCGGUGAUCGUGAUCUUUUUGUCGGGGGAUGGGGUGGGAAAAAUCAUCGGGGAGCUGUUGUACAGUUUUGAGCCCGGAGCCUGUCCAUGAAAAAGAAAACUGAACCAAGCUACUAAUCCUUAUAUACUGUCAAACCUCGCUUUACGAACACCCGCUUAAUACGGACACAUCAUUAUUUCUGACGUACAGUUUGUUUUCUCCGUGGGGAAAGAAAACCCUUUCGUUUUCUCUAACUUCAACCCAGGUAAUACGCCGACACCCCGUUAAUAUGGACACUUUCUAUGGCCCCCUCGGUGGCCGUAUUAACGGGGUUUGACUGUAUACGUUUUGGAUUAUAUGAACCCUUUCACUCUUUACAAUUGGUUUCCAUUGUUUCUUCACUGUAUAGGUUGACAUAACCUACAGGAAGCCGGUCUUAAAUCUGGAUUUGUUCGACACAACGGGUGAUGAGGACAUUUUUGUUAAUCAAGUUCUUAUAGACACGGGGAUAGCUGUUUUCAGUGAAAAUUCACAGCUGCAAACAGGUGAAAUUCUUUACACUCGAUUAGUUCAUGUUCUAAAAUACCAGUCUAUUUUAUUGCCGGGCGUUUGUUAACGUGUCUACCUCUCUCAUCAUGAGGAGGGAGCUUAAGCAACCAUGAAGUCGACGGCAACAAAAACUUCGCUUAUCACGUGAAUUUCAGGGCUCGAAAAAAAACUUGACUCAACAGGGUUCGUACAGAGUUUUGAAUUCUUGAAAAAGUCUUGAAAUUUACCCAGCAAUUUUCCAGACCCGGAAAAAUAGAGGUAAAGUCUUGAAAAAAAUGGUAAAGCGUCUUGAGUUUUCUUUGAAAGCUACAACAAGUGCGUCACAAAUAAAAUUUUUUUCGUGUUGGUCAAAUCUUAUUCAAUCUCGCCUACACGUCAUGGAAAACGCUUUGUUCCUGCGUUUUUUUAGGUCUCUGUUUAUCACCUAUUUGAUAACCUUGAGUCUAGAAAAAGGAAUUAUUAUUUUGGAAAAAGUGUAGAAAAAGUCUGGAAUUUUGGAUAAAGAAUCUGUACGAACCCUGAUUCAAGCCUAUCCUUUGAGCAAUUAGCUCUCGCAUUUUGCUUGCCCGGGGUCAUUUCUUGCUCAUCUUUGUUAAUGAUUUUGUUAGGGGAUCACCUGCCUGGACACUUGCCUGUUGGUUCAGGAGGCUUUAAAAGUUACUUGCUCAGCAAAAAGAUCUGGACUAUCGGACAGGUCUUUUUACGAGCCCUGCAAUUUGUGUUCUGGGUGGGAGUCGGGGUCUAUUUUGGUUUUUAUAUUUCCUUUAACCAGUAAACGAAAGGAAAAAGCAAUCCUUUUCAUUCGUUUUGUCUUUUUUUGAAGCAGUAACAGACAUUAUAAAAAUGAAAGUCUCUCAAGAGGAUUUGGAAAACACUGCCUUAAGUAUGGAGCAAAAAGGUAUUCCUAUAUUCUUUUUCAUUGUCCCUUUUUUUUUCAGUAUUCAUUAAGAGACAACAGUGUGGAUGGCAUUCAGAGAUCAUAUUGUUAUUUGACAUAAUACAAGAGUCGAACCUCCAUGUUCGACCAUUUCUCGUAAGCGACCACCUCCCAUAUGCGACUACUCGAUGAAAAUUUUUCCAGUCAAAGCCCUAUAAUGAGAGCCUCUUAUAAGCGACCACGACCACCUCUUGGCCUGACAGUUUUAUAGAUUUCCAUUGUAAGCUACCACUUGACCCAUGAUACGGUCUCUUUGCUCGCUAUUUGUACCACACUACUCAGAGUAUACAAAACUUCCAGUGACAACUUGGAACUACACGUAUGGGUAAACAAAUUUCAAGUAAUAAUUUUCUGCCGAAGUAAUGUGUCGAGACCUCUUCUCGAAGAAGACAUCUUCAGUUUGAUUCUCGUAAACGAUCACUAAAUCUUCGCCUUUUUGGUGGUCGCUUACGUGAGGUUUGACUGUAUUCUAACUCAUUUUCAGGUUCAUCUCCCGAGGAGCCAAUCAACAUUGAUGGCUUUGUGUCUCCAACAAGCCCCACAAGUCCGCUGCAUGGCUGGGAUCCAAUGAAGGAAGAUUUUCUUUCUUCUAAAAAUACCUAUGCUGUAAACCCAGAUGAUCUGGACAUUGCAUUUCAAGGAUACCGUAUGUAUGAAAGAAAAGAGCGCGAAGCACCAUUUUUUGCGUGGCGAGUGAAGUCCUCCACGCUUCCGGUUUUCGUCUGGUCACGUAACACUUCUUCCCAAGGAUCCUUUGGAGAGAAGUGUUGCGUGGCGAGACGAAGAACGGCUCUCCUCACGCAACGGUUUUCCCAGAAUUCCUUCCGGGAGGAGCGUUGCGUGACUAACCCAGGAACUGCUGUGAGGAGUGACUAUGUCAGCUGGGAAUAUGGGGCCAGGGCUCGUGCAGAGUCUUGAAUUCUUGAAAAAGUCUUCAAAUUUGCCCAGCAAUUUUCCAGACAUGGAAAUAAAUAGAGAUAAAGUCUGGAGUUUCCUGUGUUUUCCAAGGUCUCUAUUGAUCACCUAUUUGUUAACCCUGAGUCUGGAAAAAUAUAGUGUUGUUUUGGAAAAAGUCUUGUACGAACCUUGUAGGGGCUCAGUUAGACUUAGACUGUAGUCACAUUAUCUGUUAGAUUCCAAUGUUGUAUAAAAAACGAUUACUCCAACUAGAAUUGAAGCAUUUAUUUAUUUAUUUAUUUAUUUAUUUAUUUAUUCAUUCAUUCAUUCCAUUUGUUUUGUUUGUUUAUUUGUUUGUCUUUUGCCAACACACUCACCGAUUCUCCGAGUAUCUUUUUGAUGGGAGUGAGGGAUUAAAUUUUCUUACCAAUUAGCUGCUAUAAAUCCCUGCUGUUAUGAAGUACUUGUGGUCUCCAAUAUUAAUUUAGGUACUUAUGGAUCGUUUCUUAUUUGUUUUCACUUUAGAGGAUUUAAGCAGAAGAGUAUGCCGUUACUUUCGCACUCGCUCGGGUUGUUGGCGAGGCGACCAGUGCCCUAAUCUACAUGUGAAGAAAGGUAGACCAGCUACUGAGACUAUAAUUCUUUUAUUACAAUUCACUGAUAAAAGCGUAUGAGAUAAAUUCGCCGUUUGGAAUGGUCACUGGCAACAAAAAUCAACCUUGGAUGGGUUGGGUGUGUGUGUGUGUGGGUGGGUGCUGGGGGGAGUUACGAAGACCUCUUAAGAUACGGUAUGCGUAUACAUGUCCUAAGUAUUGCCCCUUAACAAUAGACUAUUGUUAUUAAACAAUAGUUGAGCUUUAUGUUUUACCUUACCCUGGGUAUCCCGUCGAAGAUUUUUUUUUUCUCGCAUUCGGCGGGACGCUUCGGGUCUGACACAUCUUAAUUUGAUGGACGAAGGUACGAGCGGCGACGCUGCGAGGAAAAAAAAGUGACUACGGAAUUGUAAGAUAAUUAAGAGCUUAGUGUGGCUGAUUUCCAGUGAUAACACCUAUCGUUUAAAAGUAAUGGCGUCGAUCGUUAAGGAAAUAAGCUAGAGUCGCUUGCGUGUUGUCGGCUAUCCAUUCCAAGUCUUCUUACGCUUUCUUCUUACUCAUGAAACCUCCUGUGAGCGUCACGUUCUUAAUAAUUCACGCUGAAUCGUUUUACCAUCUGUAAAUAACUAAUAGGAAUUAUGUACUUUUAUUGUAUUAUACUAUUAUAGUAUGUCCUUUGCGUUUCUAACAGGUGAGGAUUUACAUGAAAUGGUGGAAGUGUUUUGUGACAAUAUGGACUCGUCUGUCACGCUACCGGAUAUCGGCACUUGGGUAGCAGUUCGAGUCACGGCAGUCUUCAAUCCGGGACAUUUUUGGGUACAAUUUCCGUAUGGUACUGAACCGAUAGAAAAGAGUAUUAUGGCAGGUAAGCCGCUAGACAGACGACUUCUUUCUUAUGUGAUGUGCUUCUAAUUUUUGAGUCUGUAGAUAUUCUCCUUCAGUCAACUGAAAUACACCCCAUCAAAUAAGCUACUGAAUAAUGAUUUCUACACCCUUCAAUAUCCACAUAACAAUUCUCCACACGUAUUUCCGUAUAUUUCCUUAAAUAAUUAGUUGAGAGAAUAUGAUAAAACAUCAAAGCAUUUUUCCUAUGCAAGGAGAAAAUUAAUGUUGGUCACUUUUGAGACAUCCCAAUCGUCCUUCUCCUCCCCUCUCAAAAAAAGUUUAAACGAUCCAGACGAAUACUAUACAAACGGCUUAUGAAUGAAACUCUUAAUCGUGAAAGCUAGAGAUUAGUAUGCAUCUCCCUAUAAAUGUGUUUGUCUGUUUCUUCUUUCCCCAGUUUUUCUAAUCUACCGUAAAAGUCCGAAAAUAAGCCCCGGGGCUUAUAUUUUUGAAAGACCCUUUUUGAGGGGCUUAUUUUUGGAGGGGCUUGUAUUCGGAGGGGCUUAUCGAUAGAGGGCAAUUUGCGUUUCAAAAUCGAUUGGGCUAGCCUUAUAGUUGGAAGGAAAUUUACCGUUUUUGCUUUGUUUUAUUUUGUAUUUGAGGGCAAUUUCCAAGUACAAGCCCCUGGGGGGCUUAUAUUUGGAGGGGCGAUUUAACGGAGGGUUUUUUUGCGUUAUAAGUUUGUUGGGUUUAUAUUUGGAGGGGCUUAUACAUGGAGGGGCAUAUUUUCGGAAUUUUACGGUACUCUGCAUCUAUUAUGUUUACUUAUCUCCUUUUAAGCGAGGACGCGUCACCGACUUAAUUCUGAUUCAGAGGACGAGCAGGAGAAACCGGAGGAAGACCUCACUACUCUGAUGGACAAAAUGGGGUACAGAAUCUCUAAAUGAUAUAACUUCAUGUGCAUUUUAGAGGUGACACGGUUUACCGCGCUACACAAUUCACUGUGGUAUUAUUUCAUCUCGGUUUGGUGCGGAAUUUUUCACUCUUGAAACUUAAUGUGUUUCAUUUUAUUCGAUAAGUCAUUUUAAAGUUGUAUUUGAGACUGAGUGGUGUUUUGUCGAAUUGCACUAUGGGAUUGUUUUGAGAUACAAAUUUUGACCCAGUAUCCUUUGCAACCUCUUAAUAGCCAAUCAAAGAGGUGGAAGUGUCCCUAAAGCUGCCCUAUACAGCAAUUCUAUACAGCACCGAAGCAAACUCUCGCUUAACCUAAAAGACGACCCAUUGUUUUAAGGGAAAAAAAUAAUUAUCAAUAUAUUAGCGAAGAAAGAGUGGCUUUAUUAUGUCAUGAUGAUAUUUAGAGUAAACGAGGUUUCAAAUAUUUUCUCUGGCUCCAAGAUUGAACAGGGACGCCGGUUACCAGGUCUCCGCCAUCUACCAGGACAUUUUGUCUCUUGAUCUCGUGACAAACCGUCCAACUCCAUCAAUUGAAAAAGAUUCCACGAUGGAAUCGAAAGCUCGUGUAUGCCAAUAUGUUUUUCUAUCCUGGGAUUUGAAUUCUUGUUUACUCUAAACUAUUAAAUUGUUGUUGUUUUAGCCCAUCUUGGACUUCUUCUUUUCGUCCUAACUUUUUAUUAGUGUGUUUGGUAAAUUCUGAUCGCGGCUGGCGCGCUUCUCUACCACUUAGAUAUGUGAACUGUUCAAUUUCCAUUCUUUUGGCAGGAAGUUUUAUUCUCGUAACGUUUGUCAGGAUCCCAGACGCAUCCUGCCUGCGGCUGGCGAACUGUGCGCCGCUAAAUACUCCAAAGACAACAAAUGGUACAGAGCGCGAAUCACGAGCGUGCGGGAGGAUGAGCUACAGGUAGGACAACAACAACAACAACAACAACAAUCUUUAUUUGUACUCACUCUUGCUCAAAAAUAA